GGCCCUGCCGUGCCGGAUGUGCCCUGGCCGGGCCCCGGAAGCGCUCGGGCCGCUGGUGACACGUCGCAGGGGCCGCGGCGGCGGGUGCGGGGCCGCGCCCGGGCGGUGAAGAUAACUGGCGAUGUCUGGGUUUGAGAGCUUCAACACAGAGUUCUUCCAGACCAGUUACAGCAUUGAUGACCAGAACCAGUCCUAUGAUUACAGCGGAAGGCCCUACAACAAGCACUAUGGAGGCUACGAGUACUCGCAGCAGAGCGGAUUUGUCCCUCCGGAGAUGGUGCCGCAGCAGCAGCCUUACACUGGCCACAUCUUCCAGCCAGCACAGUCCUAUGCUCCCACCUCAGCACAGGCUUUCUAUGGAACCAACUUUGAGGAUGAGCCUCCUCUACUAGAAGAAUUGGGCAUCAACUUCGACCACAUCUGGCAGAAGACACUAACAGUGCUGCACCCAUUAAAAGUAGCAGAUGGCAGCAUCAUGAAUGAGACUGACUUGGCUGGACCAAUGGUUUUCUGCCUGGCUUUUGGAGCCACGUUAUUGCUGGCUGGCAAAAUCCAGUUUGGUUAUGUGUAUGGAAUAAGUGCAAUCGGCUGCUUGGGGAUGUUUUGUCUUCUGAACUUAAUGAGCAUGACAGGAGUCUCCUUUGGCUGUGUGGCCAGUGUGCUGGGAUACUGCCUGCUUCCCAUGAUCCUGCUCUCCACUUUUGCUAUUGUGUUUUCCUUGCAGGGGAUGGUGGGGAUCAUUCUGACAGCUGGAAUCAUCAGCUGGUGCAGCUUCUCUGCUUCCAAAAUCUUCAUCUCGGCCUUGGCGAUGGAGGGGCAGCAGCUGCUGGUGGCGUACCCCUGCGCUCUGCUCUACGGGGUCUUCGCCCUCAUCUCCAUCUUUUGAACGGACUCUCCGCACUGCUGGACUCCAGUGGGCCAACAGCAAAACCCAUCCCCUUGGAACCUCGAGCUGGACCAGAAGCAGCUGUGAACAACUGUGUGGUGUUGCCGUCUCCAACCUCAGACCUGUUCAGAAUCGGCUGGAACGAGGGAAACAAAACGUCUGCCGUUCACUUUUCUAGGACUUUGAAUACUCUUUCCAAUGACCUGGGCUGUCAGCUUUAAUAAGUGUCCAUGCUCACCAACUUCAUGUCAUUCCUUGCCCAUUCUUCUAUCUCUAGAAGACUUUUGGUUCUUUGAGGGUUGUGGGGG